CUAUUCAACCUAUUGCUUGAAUUUCGAGAAUAAAAGGGAUACUGGAAAAUGUCUUGGAUUAUACAAUGGCUUCAGUUUGAUCAGAUACCAGAGUAUUGUAAAUAUAUAAGAUGAGGUCCAGUUUGUUUUUGGAAGGAUUCACUGACGUACAGCUUCCCCGCGAACCUUUCCACUCAACUCAAUGUUUGUAGCGUAAAAAUCACCCAAACAAUCGCUUCAACUGUGAAGACAAACGAUUUCCACCAAGAUUGGUUUUCUAUGAACAACGACUGAGGGAAUAGAUCGCCAUAUCUAGGCCACAGGAUGGACAACUUCUGCGACUGGUUGCUGGAGAAAUGCGCUGGGAAAGGCGCGACAGCGAAUUUGAAGCAUAGAUGGACCCAGGAACAAUUUCAUGUCAGUACCGCGGCGAAGUUCUCCGAGAUCCUGAAAUCGGAGAAUCGGAGCUAUGCCCACAAUCAGAGCUCUCCUUCUCCGGCCAGUGGAACUGUUGGAGGAGUUAUCGAAUUCCCAUUUCGCCGGCCUAGAAAUUCCGCUCAACCAAACUGGGUAGCCCCAUCACAGGGAAGCAACGCCGCGAUCUUGGAGCGCGCACAUCCUGCCAUGUACAAACGAGCGGAGAGGGCACUUAUCUCGUUUGACCAUCUGGUCAACACAGAACUAGAAGAAGAGGAAGAACUCUAUAGCCAAGGCCUCGCAGCAGCUGAUCAGACGCUACCACCCAAAGUGGAAGACAGAAAAGAACAUAAUGUAACAAAUAAGUGCAGCUUCUUGUACGAGAUUCCGAAGCUACCUCAAAUGAUCGGAGUUGGAAGGUUUCGGCGCUCCGCCACGGCGACUCAGGAAUGGAUUCAAGAGAACAUAACUGAACGCUGCCCUCCACCAAUCCCUCACAGGUUUUUUUACGAGUGCGGCCAACCAGGAUAUACGCCACGCUCACCACCAAUAACAAGGUUUAGCGACGUUUCGUGUCACUCAUCCAUGAUCUCGUACAAAGAUUCCGAAAUAGAAUAUAUCUUGAUUCCAGAAAAUUCCGGUACCAGGAUAAAUGCUACUGGACAACGGAUAGAGAGUUCAGACCCUCCGGUACAAAAAGGUCCUGGGCAAGAGGAACUUCAGGCUAGCUUAAAAACUGACGCUGUCAAAGACGCAGGAAGGCUCCAGCAGCUUGACGCAAAAAUCCUAAAACUGGGAUCAUAUAGCCAGGUUUUAGACGACAAAUUGCAUCAAGAGGAACAACAAAAUAGCCGGAGAAUGGACAGAGGGCGGACCCGUCAGCGUUCGUUCGGCACCAAACUCGAAAGUAUCAAAGAGCAACGACUUUAUCCGGAGGAUCUAAACACAACACAGACGACGCGAAGAACUCAAGAGGAUAAGAGUCAUGAACGAAAAGUUGAAAAAGAAGAGGACUUUGACAUCGCUGUGAGGCAAAUCCGCAUUCUGGACGGAACAGCAGAGCAUCCAAAGCAAGAAGAAAAACAAGCCGCCACGCAGUGCCGAGUGCGCUUUGCUUUAGGGCAGGCGGAGAGAGGCAGAAGACAAAUCUCUGCGAUGCGAAGACGCUUUUCUCGAAACAAAUGUCCGUGA